AUGUCGGAUCAACAAUUUCCGGGUCGAUUUCCCAGUGAAGUAAUCACAGAAAUCUUAACCCGAUUACCCGCAAAAUCCGUUUGUCGAUUCAAAUGUGUUUCAAAAACCUGGAAAUCCUUAAUCUGUGACCCCCAUUUCGUCACUUCCUACAUUGUUCACAACUCAUCUUCAUCUUCAUGGAUUAUCGUUGAUCGAUUUGUCACCGAGUCAAAAGAGAAGGUAACUCAGUUCAACCCAGCUCAAAACCCUAACAUUUCAUCACUUUCUGCAAAUCAUCAUCGUUUAAUUUACGAACCAGUUACUAGUGAGUGGAAACCUACCAAAAACCCACCUGUAAUUGUAGCUUCUAGCAAUGGGUUGCUUCUGGUUUCGUUUCAUAUCGAAAGAGAUCCCUUUAAAGAAUAUGAGAAAAACCCUAAUCAAUUUUCUCAUCACAAAACGGAAUUUGUUUUGGUUGUCAUAAACCCAGUAACCGGUGAGUGGGUCCCACUUCCGAAACUCGAGGGCUCGAUAAAUAAGCUGAAUUCUGUAGGGUUUAUGUCAAGGCUUGAUUGUUCUUGUAAUGGGGUUGUGGAGAAGUUUAUUGUUGUCGAGUAUCAGCCUAUUGUUGGGAGUGAUUCUGGUUCUUUAUUGUGCUUUUCGUCGGAUACCGGCAAAUGGGUUGAUAAACCUGCUAGUUAUAUGCUUGGGAUGCAUUUUUGGAGGGCUGAAGGGGUGUUUGAGUUUGCUGGACGUUUCUUUUGGGUUGAUUUAAGUUGUGGGGUGAUUACUUGGGAUGAUGAUGACCCUUUUCGCGGUGUUGAGGAGGAGAAGGAGAUGGCUCGAUGUCGGUUUAUUCCGCUUCCUAAGGGGUGUAGGAAGCCCUUUAAUACUCUGAAAUUGGAGGAUGAACGGGACAUUUUCGGGGCUGGAGGGUAUAUUCACUAUAUGGAGAUGUUUAGAAAAGGAGAUUUUGUGUUGACGUUGUGGAGGUUAAAAGAUUUUGAAUCUGGUGUGAACGAAUGGAAUUUGGUGUUCAAUUUGUCUCGUGUGGAUGUUGAGAGUGUUCUGUGUUGUGGUGUGGAUAAGUCACUGCCCCGGCUUUGUUUCAUCCAUCCUUUUGAUGUUGAUAUAGUCUUCUUUAGCACGGAAGAUCGAAUCUUUUCCUAUAAUCUUCAGACUCAAAAGGUGGAGGCUGAUGCUAGCUUCACUGGACAUAAGUAUGUUAUCCCAUUUGUGCUCCCGUGUUGGCCAACUUUGCUUCCUCCCCGGUUGUGUAAGUGGCUCUUUCAAUGUUUCAUUAGCUCUAGCCUGUUCGUAGAAUAG